CUAGAAAUCAGGAAACACAACACAAUUUGCCACAAAACUUCACGCACAAAGACAAGCGAAAUAAGGGAGAAUUAAUUCCUCGGUGCAAACAAAUCCGACAGGCUCUUAUUUUCUAGUUGUUCAUGUUCUUUUUUUACACUUUUUUAGUUUUUUUACUAUGAAAAUAUAUUUUCGAUCUUUUCGAGGGGAAAAUAUGGGAAAAAUCUCUAUUUUGGACUCUUUCAGCUGUCGAGAUCAUAUAUUAAGCAGAAGGGUUUGUGGUUUUUGCUGAUCUUUCUCCAUCACUUUGGGGUCCCAAAAUUUUCCCAUCUUCUUUUUUUUCCCUUUCUUUCUGCAUGAUCUAAAAGAUUAAUUAGACCAAAUCUCCCACUUUUAGUGCUCCCUUUUCCCCCAUUUUUUUCGGCUUUCACAUUACUGGAAAUUAAAAUUGUUGGUUUUUAUAUAUAUCUGAGAAGUUUUUAUCUGAUUUUUAUAUUGCAUCAAAUUAAAUGUCGACCAUUAUUGCUCUACUUUUUCUAUUUCUUUCUCUUCACUCAUGCAAUGCUACAGUUAUUGCUGUGGCUAACAAUGAUCCUACUGAGGAGUUUCUGCACUACUCCAUCACCAAGGUGAAUGGCGGCGAGGGGCGUCGUGUUUUGAGAGAAAAAUCAGAGAGUUUGAAUCAUGUUGGAAAAGAUUCAAUUUCCAAGAGGACUUUUAGGGUUCCUCAAAAUAAAAGAGGAGAAGAUGAAGAAGUUGCAGGUUUCAACCUCGAUUAUUUGCCUCCCAAGACUCAUCCCCCCUCUCAUAAUUAAAUCUUCUUUUUCUUUUUCUUUUUUGUAUAUUGGAGAAUGCUAAUAUAUUUUUGAAGAAAUCAA